GCGCCUCUUGUCUGUGCAGGCGCUGGUCGGACUUGUCACCCGGGACUAGGCUGGGCUUUCUCGUCGUAUUUCACCUCUUGUCGUAUUGCCUGGGAAACUUCCUCAGCCCGAUACAACUUUGAGCAAAAAGAGGGAAAAAAAACCCAACAAAAAAAACCAACAAAAAACAACCCAACAAACCGCGUUUCCUUCAAUGUUAUAGCUGGUGGAAACACAGCCGACAAGUUCUUAAAAUAUAAUUGCAACAUCACACAUUUAGAGGAAGCGAGACCUGGAACAUGGGACCCCGGGGAAAGGACUUAAUCUCUUCUUUUGUGUAAUGUGAGAAAAGGCUGGGCUUUUCUAUGCCGUAGGACUCUUCAUCGGGAGAUUUAAUGCCUUUUAAAGUAUUCUGAGGCUUUUCAGAAAGAUCAUGCAGUUUAUGUUGCUUUUUAGUCGCCAGGGGAAACUGAGACUGCAGAAGUGGUAUGUCCCAUUAUCUGACAAAGAAAAGAAGAAAAUCACAAGGGAACUUGUUCAAACAGUAUUAGCCCGCAAACCGAAAAUGUGCAGCUUCCUGGAAUGGAGAGACCUGAAGAUUGUCUACAAAAGGUAUGCAAGCCUCUAUUUCUGCUGUGCUAUUGAAGAUCAGGACAAUGAACUAAUAACUCUGGAAAUAAUUCAUCGCUAUGUAGAACUUCUUGACAAGUACUUUGGCAGUGUAUGUGAACUUGAUAUCAUCUUCAAUUUUGAAAAGGCCUACUUCAUUCUGGAUGAGUUUCUUUUAGGAGGGGAAGUUCAGGAGACUUCCAAAAAAAAUGUUCUCAAAGCCAUUGAACAGGCAGACCUUUUACAGGAGGAAGCAGAGACCCCACGUAGCGUACUUGAAGAAAUUGGAUUGACAUAAAUCUUCACUUCACCUGACGACUUCUCAGUGUUUCAUACUGUAAAUGUUCACUGCCUUCAUUGUAAUGUUUAGCUAAUGGUGUAGGGUGCUGUUUGUCAGUAUUACUGUUUUGCUAAGCUGCUUCAUUCAGGCCUACAAGAAGAAUACUCCUUUGAAAAGGGAACAAGAAAUUAAAGUCCAACAAUCAUAAAUGAAAGGGAAUUAGAUUUAAAUUGACUCCCUGUCUCCCUUCACUGCAUUUAGAAGAAGAUUGCAUUUGACUUCAAUAAGUGUACUGGUUUUUUAUAAGCAAACUUUGACUUCAGGAAAAAAAUGUACCGUAUGAUAUAGCAUAUCUAAACAAGAAGAAACUACACGGACAACUCCAAAUAUGAAAUGUUGUGGUGUAGAAAUUGUGUUUAUGCAACCAAAGACCUUUGUUCAUCUACAUUUUAGUCACCACUUGUGAUAAUGCAGCUUAUUUCAGUUAAUGCAUGAGAUUGGAAGUACCUGUUUACUACUGAAUUUGUCAUUAUACCAAAGAAUCCUGUUAGGAUCUGCAUAUCAAACUGGUAAAAACUGUUAAGGUGAUACUGCUUUUUGCAAGAAAACUGCACACUUAUCAAACUCACUAGGAAGAAAGGUGCAUUUAAUUGUAGCAACCUUGAGCAAAACUGUGCAAGUUACUAAGUUACUGUACUAAAAAGGGAAUGCAUGUAGAAAAGAAAAUUCUGAAUAAGGAAACUAUUUUUAGAUCUGCUGUUAGCUUGCUCUGAGCAUAGACACAAGAAAGGAGGUAGGCUUUCUGACUUUGUAGAGAGGUGCACAAUGAAAAUUGGAUACUUUUGAAGACGGGGAAGAAGGAGCUUUACAAAAGGGAUUUUUUAAUUAUUUUCUCUACAAAUUAAUUUGUAUUUAUUGGUGUUGUAUAGUUAUGCUUUAAUUGGUGUAUAGGUACCUUAAAAAACCAAAACCCACAGUUUGUGUCAAUGUCAUUUUAUGUCAUUUUAACUGCUUUUCUUGACUUAAAUGUUACACAUGCCCAAUGAAACUCCUGUGCAAUAUACAGUUGAACCACCUAAUUUGCAGUGAGAGCUUUUAAAUACUAGAUUUGUAUACUAGAGUUACUGCAAAUUGUGUGAAGUGAUACCAAGUAAUGUUUUCACACUUGUAGCAGCCUUUCAGUAAUUCUAAACUAAACCUGUUUCACUCCAGGAAGUUCGAUCCAUACGUGCUUCUCAGUUUUGAGGAGGUAGUGUCACAUUGGAGUAGCCAAGUUCUGCUGUGUGUGUGUGGUCCCUGCAAUGGCAGGGCUGUUCCCAUCCCAUCCCUCCCUCCCUCCUUCCUUCUCCACUAGCUUCACUUUGGGAGUUAAUGCUUUGGCUUGUUCAGCUGAGGAAGUAAUGCCAUGUUUUCACAAAGCUUAGCUUUGGUGUUGUCACUGGAAGCAAUUAUGCUCUGCUAGCAUAGGCAUUUACACAGCCAUCUGGAGAGCUAGGUGGUGGGCUUGAUGCCACCUGGGUUAGAUUAAACUCAACCAGCACAGGCUCAGUAUUGCCACUUGCAAGUCCCCUGAUCCAGAUCCCAGUAUAUAUGCUUGUGGCAGCAGAAAGGCCAGCCACGGCAGGGGUGGAUCUGCACUCUUCUGUCGUGGUACCAAGGUGGAGCCUGUGACCUCAGUGUAAGAAUUUGUUCAUUUAUGCCCUUUCUGGGAUUUAAACUUACCUGAUUGCUACAGACUUGUUUUUAAGCAACAGCAGACAAAAGCACCAGGGUGCAUGUCCCUAGACCACACUGUGCAGGGAAAGGUGAGGCUGAAGUGGUAGCAAAGUGAUACUGUGUCUGAGAUCAACGUGGUAAAAUUACCUUAAGUCAAACCUGAAGCAAUUUUUGUAUGUAUUAAACAUGUUUUUAAAGUUUACAUUGUCACUUGUAUGUGCUUGGCUGGAAUAAGCUUUGUUGUGAUUGUGACAAAUAAACUGUUUGAUCUCUGUCUGUCACAUUGGUUUAGUUGUAAUAAAUGUCCAUUUUUACACCAUU